AUGAAGUUGGCAGCGACUGUUGCGCUGGCUAGCGCCGCCAUCUCCAUCGUUGGUGCGAGCAAGGUCGACAUCAACAUAACGGUCCCUCGUCUCCCGCGGCAGAACAACUACCCACCCAGCGGGCCACAGCUCACCGCGAGACCCCCUCCAAAGAAGUCCUAUGAAUACAUCAUUGUUGGCUCUGGUGCCGGUGGAUCUCCUCUUGCAGCUCGCUUAGCACUCGCCGGACAUAGCGUGCUGCUAGUUGACGCCGGAAGUGACCGCGGACGUUCGCGAGAGGUCGAGAUCCCAUCUCUAUAUCUCGCAGCUGCAGAACGGAAUGAUCUCAGCUGGAGCUUCUUCGUGCGGCAUUUCGACAACGAGACACAGACUAGGCGAGACCGUAAGCUAACGUACCGUACCCCUAAUGGCGACUUAUACAGCGGCGUGGAGCCCCCUAAAGGUUCGCAGGUGCUCGGAAACUUAUACCCCCGCGUGGGUGGCCUAGGAGGUUGUACCGAGCACUUGGCUCUGCUACCCAUCUUGCCGGCCAACAGCGACUGGGAUAACAUCAAGAAACUUACCGGCGACCGGAAAUGGGACGCAAAGAACAUGAGGGGAUACUUCAAGAAACUAGAAAAGAACCAAUACCUGACCCCUAAAGAGGACGUCACUGGGGCCCACGGGUUCAAGGGCUGGCUAGCGACCACGAUAGAGCCUCUAGAGUUUUUCACCCGAGACUCGGCAAUGGUUUCUAUCUUUCUUUCCGCCUUGUCUACCGUGAACAAGCGGGCCGAUGGUUUGUUGAGCAGUGCCCGUAGCACUGUUGGUAGAGCUGUCGAAGAUGUUGCCAGCAAGGUGCUGCCGCCGAAUUCCUCUGUGUCUGUCGCUGAAUCCCUGAGAAGGGUCCUGGCUUACGACAUAAACAACAACUCUCCAAACCGUGACAGCGCCACAACCGUCAGCCGGAUCCCCCUGUCCGUAAGCUCGCCUGACGGCAGGCGUUCCUCGCCGCGCGACUGGGUCUACGAGAUCGCCACGGCGAAGAACCGCGACGGCUCGAAGAAAUAUCGCCUCGAUAUCGCCCUAAACACGCUCGUGACCAAGGUCAAAUUCGACGCCCGCUCCGGCCGCGCCAAGCCGAAGGCCACCGGCAUCGAAUACCUGUUCGGCGAGUCCCUGUACCGAGCUGAUCCCCGGUCCAGCACCUCCGGAGGCAAGACGGGCAUUCCGGGAUCCGUAACCGCUACUCGCGAGGUCAUUGUAGCCGGCGGCGCAUUCAACACACCACAGAUCCUAAAGCUGUCAGGGAUCGGGCCGGCGGCCGAGCUGGCGCGGUUCGGCAUUCCGGUGGUCAAGGACCUGCCGGGGGUCGGAGGCAACCUUCAGGACCGGUACGAGGUAGGCGUGACGGCGGAGGCGCCGCGCAACUUCAACCUCUUCGACGGCUGCACCUUCAUCACAACCGAGGACGACCCGUGCUACGCCGCCUGGCGCAGCACGCGGCCGGGGCAGGGGCAGUCACUCCUCGCUCGGGGCCCCUAUGCCACCAACGGCGUUGCAGUCGGCCUGUGGACGCGCUCGUCCGUCGCGGGGCCCGAGCAUGACCUCUGGGCGGGCGGGGUGCCGGGCCUGUUCCAGGGCUACUUCCCGGGGAUGACGCAGACGGUGAUCACGCCGACGCAGCGCAACUACUUCACGUGGCUGGUUCUGAAGGCGCACACGCGCAACAACCUGGGGCGGGUGAACCUGACGAGCGCGGACCCGCGGGAGCCGCCGCGGAUCGCGUUCCAUAACUUCGGCGAGGGCGGCGGGCCGCAGGCGGCACGCGACGCCGACCGCGACGUGCGCGCCGUCGUCGAGGGCAUGCGCUGGGCCCUGGACGUGUUCGACGGCGCCAAGGGCGCGCAGGGCCUCGAGCGCGUCUGGCCCCCGCGCCACGUCGCCUCCGACGCCGACCUCGCCCAGUGGGUCCGCGACGAGGCCUGGGGCCACCACGCCUCCUGCAGCUGCCCCAUCGGCGCCGACGCCGACCCCCUGGCCGUGCUCGACGGCCGGCUCCGCGUCCGCGGCGUCGACGGCCUGCGCGUCGUCGACGCCUCUGCCUUCCCCAAGAUCCCCGGCACCUUCCCCGCCCUCGCCAUCUACAUGCUGGCCGAGAAGGCGGCCGACGACAUCCUCGCUGACGCGAGGUAGGACGGCGACGCCUAGGUAGGCAGGGACCCGGGGCUUCCUCGCGGUAGGUAGGGAAAGGUGUGUGUAUGAGGCUACAGUGUAUA